AUGACGGUCAUCAAGAUCGAGGCCGUCACGGACCUGCUAUGUCCGUGGUGCUACGUCGGCAAGAGGAACCUCGACCGCGCAAUCUCACAGUACCGCGCCGUGGACCCUACCGCCGAGUUCGAGGUCGUCUGGAAGCCGUUCUAUCUGAGCCCGGCGUUGAAGAGCACCGGCUACGACAAACGCGAAAUGUACACAACCCGCUUCUCCCUAGCAGGCGACCUCCCCGCCGCCCUAUCCCGCAUCACCUCCGCCUGCACACGAACCGGCAUCGCCCUAAACGUCACAGGCCGCACCGGCAACUCGCGCCAGUCGCACAAGCUCCUGCGCCUCGCCCUCGCCUCCCGCGGUCCCGCAGCCCAGGACGCCCUCCUCGAGGCGCUCUUCAGGGGCCACUUUGAACUCGGCGCAGACAUCUCGGACCGCGCCUACCUCGUCAAGACGGCCGUCGAGGCGGCGGGGCUGAAGGAGCCCGACGUCGAGGCCGCGCUCGAUAGCGAUCGCGCGGGGGAAGUCGUCGACGCGGAGGUCGUGGGCGCGAGGAAGGCGGGGGUCACGGGGGUGCCGACGUUUACGGUGCAAGGGAGGUGGAGGGUCGGUGGGAAUCAGGAGCCGGAUGUGUUUUUGAGGGUUUUUGAGCGGGUUACGGAAGGGUGUUGA